GCACUGAAAAAUAUAUAGUCCUCUCUUCCUCUCAUUUUGGUAUCCAAUUCAUUGCUAUAAUUCUCAUUUCAAACAUGGCAAAAAUAGUGUUAAUGUUAAUGUCCCUUUCCCUUAUCUCUGUCCUCCCUUUACUUACUACAGCAAUGUUCCAUGUCAAAGGUUGUGUUUAUUGUGAUACAUGCCGUGCCGGAUUCGAAACCAACGCCACCUUCUACAUUCAAGGUGCAAGAGUUGGAAUUCGAUGCCAAGACAGAAAGACUAUGAACCAAGUUUUCUACACAGAAGGAGUGACAGAUUCAACAGGAACAUACAACAUUAUAGUUGAGACUGAUCACCAUGAUCAUAUUUGCAAAACUGUGCUUGUUAAGAGUCCAAUAGCAGGGUGUAAUACUCCAGAUCCGGGGCGAAACAGAUCGAGUAUUGUCCUUAGUCACUACAAAAAUGGUGUUCUCAACCAUCUUCACUAUGCAAAUUCUAUGGGUUACUUGAUGGAUGAGCCAUUGCCUCAAUGCCAAAAACUCCUCAAAUAUUACUUGUCUGAUUCAGAUAUUUGAUCAAUAACAUUGAUCUGUUUCUGUUCUGUUUGUUAUGUUUUAUUCACUAAUAAUUACUAGGAUAUGUUUCUUUUACUAGUGUUGAAGUAUUUGUACUUGUGGACAUCAUAGAAGGUGUACUAAGUUCUAGUUACUAUUUACAAUUAUGUUUUACUUUGUCUAAGUAAUUAGGCCACUUGAUUGUGGUAUAUAUUAAUUAAUUAUAAUGAUUAUAAAUGA